UCAAUCCCUCCCCAAUAGGUGUUGAGGGCGUCUCUGUCAACUCGCAAAACCCAGGCAAACUUCACCCCUUAUUAUCCCUCUCUCUCUCUCUCUCUCUCUCUCUCUCUCGCCCCAUAGCAACCUAUAGAAAACGUCUCUCUCCAAUCGAAGAACUCCACAGGUAGGUUUUCAGCAUGGCUAAAAGUGUAAUAGAUGUUCCUCCAAAGGGUGGGUUUAGUUUCGAUUUAUGUAGAAGAAAUGAAAUGCUUUCGGAGAAAGGUGUUAAACCUCCAUCAUUCCGAAAAACUGGAACCACCAUUGUUGGUUUAGUUUUCCAGGAUGGCGUAAUUCUUGGCGCCGACACUAGGGCAACAGAGGGACCAAUCGUUUGUGAUAAGAACUGUGAAAAAAUUCAUUACAUGGCUCCAAACAUUUACUGUUGUGGUGCAGGAACUGCUGCUGAUACAGAGGCCGUAACAGAUAUGGUAAGCUCUCAGCUUCAGCUACACCGCUAUGCAACCGGCCGUGAAUCAAGGGUCAUUACUGCUCUUACCCUUUUGAAAUCUCAUCUUUUUAGUUACCAAGGUUAUGUUAGUGCUGCUUUAGUCCUUGGCGGUGUUGAUUUUACUGGACCGCAUUUGCACACUAUCUACCCUCACGGUUCAACUGACACUCUGCCAUUUGCAACCAUGGGUUCUGGUUCUCUUGCUGCGAUGGCCAUCUUUGAGUCAAAAUACAGAGAGGGCUUGACUAGAGACGAAGGAAUAAAGCUUGUGUCUGAGGCGAUUUGCUCUGGAAUUUUCAAUGACUUGGGGAGUGGUAGCAAUGUUGACGUCUGCGUAAUAACCAAGGGCUGCACCGAGUACUUGAGAAAUCACAAGUUGCCAAAUCCUCGGACCUAUGUCAGUUCAAGGGGCUAUUCCUUUACUAAGGGACAGACUGAGGUUCUGUCCACAAAAAUCACUCCUUUGAAGAAGAACAAAGUGGAAGUGGUUGAAGGAGAUGCAAUGGAAGAGUAAGACACCUUUAUGAUGGAUGAGAACGUAUGUUUUGACGAGGAAUCAGAUGGAUGGACCUUCAUGUCCUCUUCCUAGAACGCCCUCCCCCCCCCCCCUCAAAACACAUGAAUUGUUUCUUCUAUCCUCUUUUGAUGGCCUCUAUCUUUUCAUUUUUCCUUUCUGUUGGCUAGCCAGGUGGAUAUGUUGUAUUGAAUAGGAUUCUUGGGUUUCAAUCACCCCUCUUUGUUGACAUUCAUGUCUUAAACCAUAACCAUAUGUUUUUAGAUCUGCAUUAGUUUCACACUAACACUCCAGUUAAGUGCUUCAAAAGUUA